AUGACAUCUCAAGGUCAAAGUUUGAGGUUCCGUUCAGAUGAUAAUUGUCAAGUGAACUUCCGUGAGAAGCUUCUGAUUAUUGAUUCAAACCUGGAGGCCCAAGAUGUGGAGGGCUUGAAGUUUCUCUGCCGAGACUGGAUCUCCCACAAGAAGCUGGAGAAGUCCAGCUCAGCCUCGGAUAUUUUUGAUCAUCUGUUGGCAGAGGAGCUGCUGAGUGAGGAAGACCCCUUCUUCCUAGCAGAACUCCUCUAUACACUCAAACAGAAUUCGCUGCUGCGGUACCUCCGCCAAAGCAGAGAGCAAGUGGAGAGUUUGCUGCCCACCCGAAGGAGGGUCUCUCUGUUCAGAAACCUGCUGUACGAACUGUCAGAGGGAAUCGGCUCAGAGAACUUAAAGGACAUGGUCUUCCUUAUGAGGGAAUCGAUUCCCAAAAUCCAGAUGACCUCUCUAAGUUUCCUGGCAUAUCUGGAGAAACAAGCUCUAAUAGAUGAAGAUAAUCUGAUGUUACUGGAGGAUCUCUGCAGAAAAGUUGUACCUAACCUUAUGAGAAAGAUAGAAAAAUAUAAGAGAGAGAAAGCCUCCCAGGUAGUGACACCUCCUGUUGACCAGGAAACUGAGUCAUUGCAUCAAGGAGAGGAAGAACUAUUUUCCCGUUCAGAUGUUAACCAAUUCUUUGGAGCCUUACAGGAAGCAACUGUGUACAGAAUGGAUCGGAAGCACAGAGGCCACUGUGUUGUUGUCAAUAACCACAGCUUUACCUCACUCUCAGAUCGACCAGGGACUCAUAGAGAUGCUGAGUGCUUGGAGCGUGUGUUUCAGUGGCUGGGGUUCAGCGUACAUAUAUAUAAUAAUGUGACCAAAGGACGUCUAGAUGAGGUUCUGAAGGAAUAUAAGAGUCAUCCAGGCCAUGCUGAUGGAGAUUGCUUUGUGUUCUGUGUUCUGACCCAUGGGAAAUUUGGAGCUGUCUACUCCUCAGAUGAGGCCCUUGUUCCCAUUCGGGAGAUCAUGUCUCAUUUCACAGCCCAGCAGUGCCCUGGCCUGGCUCAUAAACCCAAACUCUUUUUUAUCCAGGCCUGUCAGGGUGAAGAGAUACAACCUUCUGUAUCCAUUGAAGCAGAUGCUGUAAAUUCCGAGCAUUCACCUCCUACCCCUUCCCUUCUGGCCAGUGUUCCCAGUGAUGCAGAUUUCCUUCUUGGCCUGGCCACUGUCCCUGGCUAUGUAUCCUUUCGGCAUGUAGAGGAAGGCAGCUGGUAUAUUCAAUCUCUGUAUAAUAAUCUGAAGAACUUGGUCCCGAGACAUGAAGAUAUCUUAUCCAUCCUCACUGCUGUCAACAAUGAUGUGAGUCAACAAGCAAACAAAGAAGGAACAAAGAGACAGAUGCCCCAACCUGCUUAUACACUACGGAAAAAACUAGUAUUCCCUGUGCCACAGGAAAAACUUUUAUUGUAG